AUCAGCUUUUGCAAAGAGUUAGGAAUAGUGAUUUCUACACUCAACAGGCAGCCCAUCGACUUUGACUACUUGCACUUUGUCUGUUCUCAGGAGUUGCAGUUUCUUAGAGCUGGAGCAGCUUAUCUUGACCUUGCGGAUACAGUGGUUAAGAAUUUUCAGAGGUUGACUGAAAUUGUCAGUUCUUAUGCCUCAGCUAAUGCCUCUGCCCCAAGAUUAUGCAAUGUAGCUCAGGUUGAACACAGUGGGAAUGCAGGGAGACCCAAAGUCAACAUAGAAAGUGAAACUCUCACAGAUCUACUUAGUAGUGGUUUACCAUUGACUUCCUUAUGUAGCCUUUCUGGAAUUGCAAGGUCAACUUUGUACAGAGUUUGAAAUAGCAUGAUCUGUCUGUAAGAAAAUGCAGCAUUUCAGAUGAUGCAUUAGAUCAGAAGGUUAGGUCUAUAAAGACCAGAAUGCCAAAUGCUGGCUACAGAUUAGUGAAAGGGUCUCUUCAAGCAAUGGGUGUCCGGAUUCCUUGGAAGAGAGUGAAAAUGUCCUUGCAGCGUGUGGACGGGGCAGGAAUUAUUGCCAGAAUGGUCCAGCUAGCUUGCAUUGCAAGACGGCAAUACUGUGUUCCAGCUCCCUUAUCUCUUGUCCACAUCGAUACAAAUCAUAAGCUCAUCAGAUCUUUUACUUGGACACGGCUGGCAACAACAAGGCAGAGACAGCGUUUCAUUUCUUCAUGGAUGGGGUUUGUAAACAUGGAUGGCCAUCAAGAGUUCGAGGUGAUCACGGGGUUGAAAAUGUGGACAUUGCAAGGUGCAUGUUUACUGUACGAGGUACUGGACGUGGCAGUUUCAUUGCUGGGAAAAGUGUUCAUAACCAGAGAAUUGAACGCCUAUGGAGAGAUGUUUGGAGUGUAACUUCAAAGUACUACAACUUGCUCCACAGUUUGGAAGAAGAAGGUCUCAUUGACCUGUCGAACGCUGUCCAUCUGUUCUGUGUGGGGUAUGUCUUUAUCCCACGACUACGAAAAGAUUUGCAAGUUUUCGAGGAGAGUUGGAAUUCUCAUCCCUUGAGAACAGAGAGAAACCUUACACCCAGUCAACUGUGGAUGAUCGGUAUGCUGCAGGAACCAGUGUCAGAACCAGAUCUGGCAGAGCAGAUCCAGCAUGCUGAGGAAUGGCUGUCCCAAGAACAGCAAAGUGAGAUGUUGAACGAGGGGUUAAUGUGCCUGAUCUCCAGUGCCCGCUAUCAACUGAGAGACUGCAUGCGCUCCAACAACAAGUAAACCCUUUGGCAGAGUCUGACUCACUUGGCCAAGACAUCUAUGUAGAAGCUCUUGAAGUGGCCUUUGGUUGAUGUGAGAUAUAUAAAAAAAAAAA